AUGCAUUCCUACAUCAAAAAAUUGGGUUUCCUGUAUAAGACGUACGUGCUCACGAUCCUCACAUUGGGUUACUUGACAUCAGAAAUGGGACAUUUCUUGAUCGGAGUAACCAGCAAGGCGACGGCUCGAGACGUGCAUUACGGCGACAUCAAGUGUCAGCUUCUGGAACACCUGGCCGAUUCGAACGUGUUCAACUACACGUUACAUGAACGUUGCGAUACGUCACCCGACCAGAGAUCGUGCGAGUUGUUAGUCCUAGAAGACGGAUCACCGUUCUGCGAAUGGAACUACAACGGACUCGGUUUCCAAUAUCAACUGUUGGCGGGACCGGCGUUCAUCGCCGUCUACUCCAUCGUAGGCGUAUUUUUCGGCAUGGCCGCAGACAAAUUCAACAGAGUCCGACUCCUGUCUCUAUGCACAUUGGUCAGUGCCGCGGCUAUCGGUCUCAUUGGAAUGGCUACCAGCUACUGGCAUCUGAUACUUCUCAGAAUCAUGCUUGCUGUUGGCGAGGCCGGUACCAAUCCCUUGUCCACGGGAAUACUGUCCGAUUUGUUUUCUGAGGAAAAGCGAGGUUUAGUCAUGGCGAUCUUCAAUUGGGGAAUUUACGCUGGUAUUGGUUUGGCUUUUCCAGUCGGCCGGUACGUUACUGAAAUGAACGUUGGUGGUUUGGGAUGGAGAGUGCCAUACUAUGUCAGUGGAAUGAUUGGACUGAUCGUAGCAGCUUUAGCUAUCACCACAAUGACUGAACCUAAGAGAACAGCAAUUAGCGAAGAAGCCGAUAAUGAUAACAACGAAGUGUCGAAACCUCGUACCGUGGUGCAGACCCCUACUACACCGACUGAAAGUUCCGAGAAGACCUCCAUUUGGAAAGUGCUUUUCCAACCAAAAAUUUUGAUUUUGUGCAUUGCCGCUUCCAUUAGACACACUGGAGGAUUCUGUUUCGCCUACAACGCCGAUCUGUUUUACCGCGACAUCUUUCCUGGUUACGAUUUGGGAUGGUCUUUGUUCGUGGUUACAUUCUUGGUCGGUAGCGUCGGUGUGGUAAUCGGUGGAGUUACUUCUGACAGUAUCGUGAAGAAAUAUGGAAUAAGAUCUAGAGUAGCUGUGCUAGCCAUAAGUCAGUUGAUCGCUACACCUUUUGCGUACGGAAGCAUUUACUUAGGACCAACCGGAGCCAUGGUAACACUUGCCAUAUCUUACUUAUUCGCCGAAAUGUGGUUCGGUAUCUUGUUUGCCAUACUUGUUGAGUCUGUGCCGAUGUCAGUUCGGUCGACUACUGUUGGUGCAUUCCUGUUUUGGAUGAACAACUUCGGUGGAAAUGUUCCUAUGUUUGUAGAACCCGUCAGAAAAGCAUACGACUACAAAACAGCAUUGGCUAUUUUCUACGCCGGUUUCUACUUAUUGAGUUCAUUGAUGUUUGGUAUGACUGUGUUAUUCAUGGGAAAGAAAAAAUCGAAGAACACCAAUGUUCACACAUUGGCUGGUAUCGAAAAUGGAGGCUUCAAGAACUCUGAAUCGGAUAAUGGCCUUAAAGGUUUUCCAAGCCUAGAAAACCAUCUAUAA